AUGGCAAUCGCCGUGCCUGCAAAGAACCAGGGUGCCACGUGGCGCACCACACUGCUACGAUCAGCCCUUCUGCAGCCGCUGCCAGAUUCAAUUCACAACCAGAAUGUCCGCCCCGACUCCGACACCAACACCGAUGCCGUGGCCGACAUCGGGCACCACCCCGCCUCCGAGGACGAGCCCACCACCGAGCCCACCGAGCCCACCGAGCCCACCGAGCCCACCGAGCCCACCAAGCCCCCCAUCGCCUCCGACUCCGACUCCGCCAUCAAGACCGCCAUGGACGGCCUCCUCGACAGCGCCCAACACCAAAUCUCCUUCCCCACCAGCACCAGCACCAAGCGCGCCAGCACCACGCUCACCUACAUGGUAUCCACCCACCUCUACGCGCACCUCGACAGCGACUGGGAGAUCGUUCCCGGCUUCACCCUCACCUCCAUCACUCUCCUCCUCGACGGCUACUACGGCACCAGCACGCACAACCGCAGCCUCAGCGCCACCCUCAGCGCCACCGCCACGCUCGCGGGCUGCCUCCUCGCCGUCACGGGCACAAUCCCGGACCUGCGCGGAAACACGCCGGCCGAGUUUACGCUGUCGCUGCGCGUGCUGUCGGCUGGAAUGCUAGCCACGCCGGAAGACGUUGCGCGGGCACUGGCUGGGGCAGGCGACGGCGGGGUGGGGCUGUCGGCGCUGCCGCUGGGGGGCUGGAUGAUGAGAUUGUGGGCGCGCUGCGGGACCCGGGGGCUACAGAGUGGGCGCUUAGAGGUCAAGGUUUGUGUUGCGGCGCGGAUGGAGUGGCGGCCGGUGCCGAGCCUGCUGGUGACGAAUGGGGCGGUGGAGAUGCGGGCGUGGCGGGAGUACAGUGAGGAGGGGAGGAGGGGGGUGGAACUGGGAUGUGGGGCUGGUGGGGAAGAUGUUGGUUGGGCCGGCGGUGGCGGAUGUCAGCGUCCAGGGGUGGAGGGAUGUGAGUCCGAGGACCUCAUCGAUGCGGUUCUGGGAGAGAAGAUGGCCAUGACUGGGGGCGGGGACUCAGGUUUGCUGGGGGCGGCGCCGCCUGGAAUCCCAAGUGCUGACAGGUGCAUGGAUGAGACAGCGUUCUCGGUGCGGGCGAUGGUGAGAAUCGAGAAGGGGGCUGCGGGGAGCGGGAGUAGUGACUGGGGCGUCAAGACUCUUUCGCUCAGGGUGGAGCUGAGGGGCUUCGAGUGGAGGGUCUUGGAGGGACUCGCGGUGCGCGAUAUUGCAUUUGCCCUCAAGCUCGCGAGAACAAGCGGUACCUCAGCCACAGCGGGAGAGGGUACGGAAGAGGGCGCAGAGGAGGGCGCAGAAGAAGAACUAGAAGGCACAGAGGAGGCACAAUCACAGGCAGAGAGCAAGGACGGUAAAUGGACUUUUAAAGAUACCACUCUUGAGGCCAAGCUGUCACUGCGGCAGGGCCAGUUCAUAGUGCCCGUCGUCAUGAGCUAUAACUCGAAGAAGGAGAUUGUCGAGAUACGUGGGACGAUGCCCGACAACAGCUACUGCCAGCUGUCCGCCCUCGCCGCAGACACCGCCCUCCUGACGCUUCCCGACACCAAGGAAGUGGAGGAGAAGGAGGAGGAGGAGGACGAGGAGGACAAGGAGCAGGAGGAGGAGCAGGAGGGCGCAGACGACGGAGAAGAACACAAAGAAAAACAACCGGGGGAAAAACAGGAAUACGAACUAAUACCAGAUCCCCUCAAACAAUCCGCCCUCAGCCACCCCGCCCCCGCCGCCAGCCCCGUCAGCCUCAGCGCCAUCACCUCCCCUAUCGACGGCAAAGACCGCGGCCUCCUCCUCCGCUUCGAAUCCAAGACUCUCACACGCGCGCGCUUCACCGCCAACCACAACAAGACCUGGCACGUCACCGACUCGCUCUCCAUCACAAACUGCGGCGUCAUGUUCGACGUCGUCUCGCCUCGGGACCUGUCCAAACGCAUCAUCUCCGGCUACGUCUAUGGCACAGCCACACUCGGCAACAGCAAUAUUACGCUCUCCGCCUUCGCCGCGGGAAUCAAGAGUAGCGACGUGGAUACGGCCUUCUGGCUGGGCUUCUCGGUCGAUGUGGAGCCGGAUGGGCCGCUGGGUGUGUCGCCGCUGGCUCUGAUCGCCGAUGGAAAGUUCUGUGGGAAGGGCACGAAGGCGCCGGAUAGUGGAGAGUGGGACGUAGGGAACUUUCCGGAGAAGCCGGAUCAGGCGCUGAAAAAGGGUGAAGAGGAGAAAGGGGAAAAAGGGGAGCAAGGGGAGCAAGGAGUAGUGCAAGAAGAGCAAAAAGCGCCGGAGCGAAAGACACACCUCAGGCAGGUCAAGGUACACGUCGCCGUCGAGGGCAUCUGGAAGAUCUGGGAAGGGCUAGACCUCACAGACGCCCACCUGAACGUGCUUGUUUCGCGGCAGGAUGAUAAGAAGGAAGAGGGGGGAUACGACUGGGCUGCUGAGCUCUUUGGCGCCGUGAAGGCAAAGAACGGGAACUACCGUGUAGAGUUCUUGGGCCUCGCACACCACGGAGCCAAAGUCACGACAAUGGAGGUUGCAGUGUCGCUGAUCAGGGAGUCUGCUGUGGCUGGCGGGAGUAGAGAAGGAGAAGGAUACCAAGGGGGACCUUCCAGAUACCUACCCCAUCCAACCCAAAUUACUCACCGAGACCGAAAGCAGCGAUCUCACCGCCAGCAGCACUCUCCCCGCUGGCAGCACUCUCACCGCCAGCGCCCGCAUCUCGAAAAAGGCCGCCCCAGCAACAGGUUCUCUCUCGACUCGCUCACAUUCACGCUCUCCAGCACCGAGGAAUGGCCCAUCACCAGCUCCCCCCGCAUCGUUCUUCACCGCGCCGCCCUCGGACUGACACUCAUGCACCUCUCGGGCCCCAAACCGCGUGAGGUGACUCUCGCCGCAUCCGGCCUCCUCACCAUCGGCAAGUCGCUCCGCGAGGUCCGGACCACCAUCUACUUCUCCUCCGCCCAGAGACUCUCGUUCACGGUCACCAGCGGCGGCACGCCCGCCUCCCUCGUCUCGACGCUCAUCUCGCGCCGGCCCUCGGAGGUAGUCCCUUCGGGCUUCCCAGCCGAGACGCUGGACGCGCCGCCGCAAGCGGACAGCGGCUUUGCGCUGAACGUGCUCGCCUCCAGGCCGGAUGCAAAGCCGUCGUCGUCGUGGGGCCUGACGAGGAUCCUGCUCACUCUCGACAUGGAAACAUCCUGGCCGCUCGGCGAUUAUAUAACCAUCACGGACAUCAGGCUGCGCGCGCUCUUCACACGCUCAGCGGAAGCAGAAGAUACUGCGUCGGCGGAGGAGAAGUGGCCCUGGAGCGUGUCCAUCGCCGGAGGUGUCACGAUCGGGGGCGCUCCAUUCACGGUAACAGCCACAUACAACGGCGAGACGGUGAAGCUUGAGGUUGAGAACGUAACGGCUGCCGAGGCGGCGGCACUCGCGGGGCCAGUGACCGUGGCCAUGGUAAGAGACGCGCCGGGAGUGCCUGACGAUACCGGGGUUGGGGAAUGGAAAGAGAAGACGACAACUGCGACGCUCACGUUCCGCAAGAAAGGGGACAGGUAUAUGGUUGAUAGCAUGGAGCUCCGUGUGUACAGCGUGAAGGGCUCCGCUUGGAAUAUCAUCCGCCCGACACUCGUGCUGCAGAACAUCUUUGCACUCGUCAGUAUCGAGAAUAUGAUGGAGAGCGCCAAGCUGACGGUGGGGGUACAUGGCGAGCUGGCGGUGAAGAAGAGCCCGAGCGCGAGCGGGCUUGUGUUGGUGGACCUAGUGGCGGCAAAGGAAAACCUGCAUCUGGCGUUGGACCUCGGGGAUAAAUCGAAGGAUCGGGCCAAGGAGCAGGUGUCGACCCUGGGUGGCUGCAACAUCACGGAGCUGCUGUACAUGCUCACCGCCGGGGCCGUCUCGCUCGACAUCGAUGUUGGGCCGCGCCUCCUCACGGUCGACCUCGACCUUGUGUGGAAGAACAAGCCGACGGGGAGGUUCAGAGGUACAUGCGAAGACUGGAACCUCUCAAAGGUGUACCCCGACUUUGCCAGCAUGGAGAAGCCCGCCUUGACUCUGAGCGUUGUCCGCGGCGGACGUGUCUCGGGGAUGCUGGAUGGACAGCUCGUAUUUCUAGGCAUGCGAGUUAGCAUGAGCUACGAGCUACCCAAGGGUCCGCUGAGGAUCGCGGGCAUCGACGUUGUGCAAGCGGUUAAGCUGGGAAGGAAGCUCUACAAUAUGUUCAAGACGGUAGCGGGGGUGGUGCAGGCUGUGUUGAAGCUUGUACGCGCCGUAUCAGUAGGGGCUGUGAUUGCGGGGGCGUUGGGCACGGCUCUGAUCGCGGUCGGUGCAGCUGCAGCCACCGUUUGGGGCUUCAUUUCCUCCAUCUUUGGAGGGGGCAGCGGGAGUAGCAGCGAUAGAGGAAGAAGAAAAGACGGCGCAGAGAGCGACGAACCCACCAAGGACGCACACCCCAAGGAAGGAGCGAAAUGGAUCGUUGGCGGGCCCGGUCGAACCCCAGGCCCCAAGUCCGAGGAGGUUAAGCUGCACAUCUAUCCCGUCGGUCGCUCAAACAAAAGGGGAGAAGACCAGGGGAAGCUUCAGGUCCAGAUCAUACCCAACGCCAUCCUGCACGAUGCUGAGGCACUCAAGGCAGUCAAAGUCAUCACCGCAUUUAGGUCGAUCGAGGGGGCUGGUCGGGACACCCUCGACUUUGCCUGCGCCGUGAUGGAGAGCGCAAGUGUACUAGGAACCACGUCGGUGUUGGAGGCGCUUGGCCCGGUCAUCACGCGGCGUGGCUACGCACACAUCUUUCCGAAGGACACUGAAGGGCAUGCUCGUUUUGCUCACACAGAGGACAGCACGGCAUUCACCAUUGAAAUGCACUAUAAAGACCCCGCCCUGCGCCAGCUGCACCCGGACCAGGACAAGAUUCUGGUGGCUAGGAACUGGCUUAACGACGCCAUAAAGCUGAGCUUCGAUCCGCCCUCAGCGGGCACCUACGAGCUGAGAGUGAGCCUCAAUGGCAAGGACAUCAAGGGCUCGCCAGCCACGGUCGAGGUGCAGUCCUCUGCAGACCCGACAUACUCCAUCGCGUACGGUGAAGGCCUCUGCUCUGGUGUCGCCGGCCAGAAAACGUGCUUCUCGAUCGAGGUGCGAGACCAAUUUAACGCCGCUAUGACCGCGAACGAUAACACGGCCUGUUCCGCCUUCCUGGAAGGAGGUGGCGAGGAAGAAGGGAGCGGGGGCGGGGACUUGGAACUGUCCCCCUCUGCCUUCGACGCCCAAACCCAUCUCGUAACAUUCGACUACACCCGCCCAGUGACAGACUCCUAUUACAACAUCCGUAUAUUGGUCAACGAACGCCCGCUCGACAUGUCCCCCGUCAGGCUCAAUAUCACCCCCGAUGCCGCAGUUGCAAAGUUUACAAAGAGCCUCCUGACACUCCCACUCCCGCCGUACUAUGCAGGACCAUCAAAGACAUACCUAGCCACUAUCGAGGCAUACGACCAGUAUGGGCAGCGCUACCUUUCCAGUGCUGACACUGGAACUAGUCUUGCUCGGGCAGACAUUGAUGUGACUCUCCAGAAGAAGGGCUCCGACAUACCUACACCCGUAAAGUGGGUGGAGCAUCCAGACGGGCGAUACGAUAUACACCUGGGCUUCGAGGAAGACGGCACAUACACCUUUACCUGCAAUGUGCCCACCGACGCCAGCCACCCAGAGGGGAAGCCGAUCCUGCCCGAGCACGAGUUGGCUGUUUUACCCCCGCCGGCGCUCACCUCUUUCCGCUGCUACGGACCCGGUCUCUCGUCGGGCGUCGCAGGGCCAACAACGUUCAGUGUGCGCGGGCUCGACCAGGCCGGUAAGGGUUUCCCCAUUACCGAGAGCGACAAGGGCGCCUUCGAAGUCCUCCUCCUGCACCCCCAGAGCAGCGAGAGUGCGGAGAUCACAGUCACACCAGACAACCUUCUCAACAUCUCCCCCUUCCUCGUCUCCACCGCCGCCACUGCCCCAGCCAAUAUCGAUCCCGAGCGCUGCGUGCUCAUCUCGAAGCUCCACAAGGUCGACGAGCUGUCCACGGCGAUUCUUGUCGCCAUUGACACCGAAGGGCGCCGUCGCCUCAUUGGCGGAGACCGGAUACUGGUCCCGUGUGAUCCGGCGAUAGAUGAUCCGGUGGUGGGUGUCCUCGACCGUGAAGACGGCACAUAUGCAAUCGAUUACUAUCCGGACCCGAAGAAUGAGGGCAAGACCGUCCUGAAGGUGAUUGUGGAGGGGGUUGCGUUGGCUCCGUUUGAGCUUGCCACAUCACCGAAGGCGGUGGCACCGACGGUGGUGGAGCAGGAGGAGACCUUGAAGGCCGAACUUGAUGAAUCGGCCACUCUGCAGAUCCAAGGAGGCGGGAAGGAGGGGGAUGACAAGGCGUAUAAGGGGAAAUUGGUCCUCAUGGCGGAUAAGGCUAUAACGGAGGUCUUGGAUGUGGAGGUGAAAGCUGCGGAUGCUCUUGGCUUGCGGAUUGCGACGUUCACUGUUCCAAAGACUGUGCCAGUGGGGACCUACAGAUGCAAGCUGUUCAUUCCAGCCAUGCAAUUACUGCCGGAGGUGCCGCACUUCUCUAUCGUCGUCGAGGAGCCGCCUCCACCAGCAGAGUUCCAGGUUGACGGUCUGCCACUCUAUAUCGGCACCAACACUGCUGCUGCUGCUGCUUCGGGAGGUACCUUCACAGUAGCCAUAACAUCAGCAGAGGAGGUCGACCCAGCGAAGUUCCAUGUCUACAUAGCCAAGACAGAGCCCGAAAUGCUAAAGGAGUUAGAGCCUAGGAUUGAGCAUAAGAUAGACUCAACUUUUAACAACAAGAUCAAUGUCAAGAUUUCCAGCGUAAUUGGGGGUGUCAUCACUCUUGGCCUCAAGUACGGCAAGACCCCGAUACCGCCGCCGGAAGACGGCGCCUGGACUGUUUACUCCAGCGACGCCUCAAAUACCCUGACCCACCACCUGCCGCCGCCCGUCCCCGACACUAUAGCAUGGUCCGUCUCGAGUUCGAAGAGCAUCAAAGCAACACUCACCUCCGACCUCCGCCUCCUCACGUUCGCAACGCAAUCUUCCGCCCUCUCCUCCUCCGCCUCCUCCGAAGAAGUAGUCCACAGCCAGUUGGCACAGGCAACUCUCAAGCUCCCAUCCCUGGGCAUGGCACUGGGCUUCACCGUCAUCUACGACCUUCGCUGGACGCUGCUCAAGCAGGCAUCCGACGUCCACCUGCGCUCUCCCAUCAAACUAAUCGACGGCACGGCCCUGGUGCUCCGCCACAGCGACGGUGGUGUCAGGUGGGAGACAUUAGAUCUCAGCGGGGGGGGGUUCCAGACACAAGCCGACUCCUCCGUCACCGCGGACGGCAGAUGGCACAGAAUCAUGCUGCACUACGAGGCUGGUGCUGUGAUUGUGCUUGAGGACGGGAGGGUGGUGAAGAGGAUCGAGCACACGGCGGCGGUGGCGUCGCCAGAGGGUCUGCAGUUCUUGGUGCAGUGCGCGGAAGAGGAGGCGGAGGGGGAGGUUGCGAUGGAGAUCAAGGGGCUUGCGACACUGCCGACGGUGUUCCAUGUUUUGCAGUCUUGGAGGACGGAUUCCGGGGCUGUGGAGGUGGUGUUUUCGGAGAGUGGUAGGUCGGCGUGGGUGGUGGAGAAUGCUGGGGGGGCCGCGGCGUCGGUGGUGAAGCCGGUGUUUAGAGGUGGCGAAUUGCGGUUUAUUGUCCCGGAGAAGGCGGUCGGAGCGACAAUGUGGAUGUCAAACACCACCCGCUCAACAUCCAACUCUCCCUUCAGCAUCACGCAAUACCGCCUGCGGGUCAGUGCCCCGAGCGGGGACACCCGCAUCACACUCUUCGGUGGCAUAUCCAUCCGUUUCUGCGAGGACUUGACGCCCGCAUGGAUGAUGCGCGACGGCUCGUCCGGCAGGCACACGCUCAUCGCCGAGAGCAGGGAGUUCCCUCCCGGCGGGGGAGACAGGCAUGUCGUUGUCACGCUGGCGAGGUCUGAUGGCCAGAUCACGUGCUGGGAGAAUGGGAAGUGGCUGUUUUCAUGGGAUGGGAGGGCGGGCGGGAAGGAGGCAGUGUUUGCUGGGCUUGGUGGAAGGUAUGGUGUGAUGUUAGGUGAUGUGGUGUUUGGGUUUCAGACGAGGCUUCUAUUGCGGCGAUUGCGGAGGACUAUUGGAACGUUGGUUUGGUGA